AAAAAACAAGCCCAAGCAGAAUAAAAAAUCCCACCACUCGACUUUUCCCUUCAGGUUGCAUACAAAGCACCCGAUUCCUUUAUUACUGCUUCCAUAAAAAUAUACGAUGGGAAAAUAAAAGUAACCAGUAUGUACAGCAAAUAAGACAACAGUAAGCAAACCUACCUACAAACAUGUCUUAUCUGUUAUUCUGUGAAAAUUAAGUUCUAUUUUAUCUAACUUAAGUAGAAGAGUUAUUAACUAUGAAGAGUAGUUAAUAAGUAUAAACAUCGCCUCGGAAGAAAGGGAAAACCAAGAGAAAAGGCUGCUUUGGACUAGGUAUUAUAGAGCAGGGCUCAGCAUUAGAGGGGUUAACGCGCGAUUUUCAAACCGUCCCCCUGAGCGCGGCCGUUUCCAUCAGCCAAUCAUAGGCAGCCUUUGGAUAUAAAUAAGAGCCGGGAGCCGUCUUUCCAGGCCACUGGUGUUGUUCUCUGCUCUUUGUUGUGGGUCACGGGGGGUGUUCGGUAUGGCGCGCACGAAGCAGACAGCGCGUAAGUCGACGGGCGGGAAGGCGCCCCGCAAGCAGCUGGCCACCAAGGCUGCCCGCAAGAGCGCGCCGGCCACGGGCGGCGUCAAGAAGCCGCACCGCUACCGGCCCGGCACGGUGGCGCUGCGCGAGAUCCGGCGCUACCAGAAGUCGACGGAGCUGCUGAUCCGCAAGCUGCCCUUCCAGCGCCUGGUGCGCGAGAUCGCGCAGGACUUCAAGACGGACCUGCGCUUCCAGAGCUCGGCCGUCAUGGCGCUGCAGGAGGCCAGCGAGGCCUACCUGGUGGGGCUCUUCGAGGACACCAACCUGUGCGCCAUCCACGCCAAGCGCGUCACCAUCAUGCCCAAGGACAUCCAGCUGGCCCGCCGCAUCCGCGGCGAGCGCGCCUGAGGUGUCUCCUGCCCUUCUUCAAACCGAAAGGCUCUUUUAAGAGCCAC